AUGGCACCCGCAAGCCACCCACAGACGACACGAGUCCAUCGAGGCGAAAAAGGAAAAACCCGACUCCACUUCUCUUCUCUCCAAAAGAAGAGAAGAAAAGGGGGGAAAACUGCACGCCGCGGCGUCUUCCACCUCCGAAUUCGCCCCCCAAACCAAAACCAAAUCCCUCCACAAAAUCCCCAAUCCCCGGCCAUGGCGACGAGCCCGCCUCCGCCGCGCCGCUCCCGCCGGACGCUGGAGCUGCCAGACGACGUCAUGGAGGAGAUCUUCCUCCGCCUACCGGCGGACAACCCCGCGAGCCUCGUCCGCAUCGCCGGCGGCUGCAAGAGCUGGCUGGCCAUGGUCUCCGACCCCAACUUCGCCCCCGCCUACCGCAGGCUCCGCGACGCGCCGCCCAUGCUGGGCUUCCUCUACAACUACCGCUACACCGACGAGGGAGCGCCCUACUGGACGUCCCACUUCCGCGCCGCCGCGGCCCUCCCCCAGCGGGUGCGCCGCGACCGCAAGCACUGGCGCGCUCUCGACUCCCGGCACGGCCUCGUCCUCUUCGACGCCCCUGAGAGUAACGGCCGCCUCGUCGUCUCCGACCUCGUCACCGGGGAGCACUGGAGAAUCAACGCCCACAUAGCGUCCCCGGAUGCGUGUAAUGUUGCAGUGCUCUGUGCCAAGGACGGAUGCAACCACCGUGAUUGCCAUGGCGGCCCUUUCCUCGUGGCCUGCGUGGUCUCCGUCGUGGCAGGGAACCGGAGGAUAGCCAGCGCCAUGUUCUACUCAUCAGUUACUCGCAGGUGGAUUGGCCCGGCCUUCCUCGAGCACCCGAAUGUCAUCGAUGGCAGGGGGCACAGUGCUGUGCUGGGAAAUAAGGUCUAUGUCCCCUGUGUGAAGGAUGGCAGUGUCGUGGAGUACAACACGUCUGAGAACAAGCUAUCUGUGAUCAAGGCGCCAUUUGAGGUCCAGGACCAGAAGAUUGAGCUCAUGGGGGUGGAGGACGGAAUGCUGCUGUUUGCGUCUGUGGUGAAGCCUAGACUCUACCUAUGGUCAAUGGAGGCUGGUCCCAGGGGAGCUGCGGGACGGGCACGAAGCAGGUUCAUCGAGCUCGGGCCGUUGCUCCCUAGUACUGUCCUCGUGGACAACACCGAAGUGUCGGCGGUUGGUUUUGCGGAAGGUGUUGGUAUCAUCUUCAUCAAGACAAGGGUUGGGUUGUACACAAUUCAGCUCAAAUCAAAACAAAGCGACCAGGCAAUAAGGUUGGUGCACAGAGGGUACAUCAAUAAGGUCAUACCCUACAUGAGCUUCUACACUGGAGCAUGGGGGCCUUUGCCAGCAUCUGAUGAAGCUUAACGCGCAGUUGUUGAUGCUACAAUGAUAUAACCAAAUGGCGCCAGGACUUGGGUUUACUUUCUCUACCCAGGAAGAAUUUGAAGUGAACUUGAGCCUCAUUCACUGCCGGUUGUGUUGAACAGUUUGGUUAGUGUGGAUGCGCUUUUGUCCUAUUUGUGCUUGUGCCAUAAACUUCGAGUUUGUUUGUUCGUCCGAGUUGGGUGCAGCUCAAACUGUCCAUCAGGAGAAGUUUUAGCGAUCGGUUGGCGGUUUUGUGGCAUGAUGAAUUGGUGCAGAUUUCUCCUUCUCUAUCUUUGGCUGUUAGAGAUGAUGUUGUUGUCUCGAAAAUGCACUCUACUGAGAUUUUUGAUGUGGAAUCUCUCUAUGCUAUGCAGUAAGAAAUUUCAGGGGAAGUAAAUCCCCACCCGGGUUCA